AUGAAUAGUUCUGAUAGUGCUUUCAUUAAAAAGGAGGAUGAUUUAUCACCAAUUAAAUUUCUUGAAUGGCCGAUUGAUGCGGAUGACGAUGAGCAAUUUCGUGCUGGAUAUCCAUAUACGCCUGAUAAAGAAAAGGAAAUAGAUGGUGACACAUUUUAUACACCUGAUGAAGAAAAAGAAAUAAAUGAUGAAUGCAACACAAAUAUACAAGCUGAUGUUCAAUCAACAUCUCCAUCAUCUAGUCAAAAAAAAAAAAUCAUGGAUAUAGAUGGGAAACCAUCUAAAGUUCAAAAUUACGGUCAACGUUUUACCGAACUUACAAAAGAAAAAGAUAAUUGUAAUAAUCAUGGUCAAAACAAGUAUCAUCAGAUUCAAGCUGAUAUUGGCGCUAAUAACAAGUGUGGUGGCACAUCGAGCUGA